ACUUUAAAAUUUUCAUCAUGAUCGCAGACUUAUAUAAUAAGAGGAAAUACUGAGAUAUUUUUCCAGCUUUUAAAGCCUGUGUUCAUCAAUAAACAAGGAAACACUUCAUUAACGACCACGGUCAACAAGAUAUUUCAAGUUAGCAGGGUGAAAUGGCCGCGUGCUGGACGGUGAAAGCGCAGGUGUUUGGAGGGGAGGGACUGCCAGAGAUACGGAGAUUUUUGUGUUCCUCGACCACCAGCUUCCAUCAGCUGUACCAAAAGAUUAAAGUCACCUUUCCCGAGCUUCUCAACAGACAUUUUAGUCUUCAUUGGAAAGAUGAAGAUGGGGACUUCGUGUCAUUUUCCUCGGAUGAAGAAAUGUCGGAGUUUACAACGAAUGUCGAUGACGGGUUCUUGAAAAUAUUCGUGAGAGUACACACUCCGUUUACCCAGAAAUCAAGUUUUGAAGCAACUGCAUCAAAACUGCCUGAAAUUGAAAGAGUUGAAUUUAUGCAACAUGUUGCAGCCGGUUUAAAGAUAUUUCUUGAUUAUAUGACUGCGCUUGGAAAUAAUGGCAGCAAAGUUUCAAGGAACAGUGCUCAAAUGGAAUCUGAUGACGUCAUACACCACAACACUCCUGUAGACGAAAGAGAUGAGUCAACUAAAGCCGACUCUGAUGAAGUCGUCGGGGAUCAGGAUACUAAGACUUCAGAGCGCAAACACGACCCAGAUUCUGAAACAGAAGAAAAAGAAACAAUGAAACAGGAAACAACCCACAAAUCACCUCCAUCAGAAAAUAAUCCUAAAUCAAGUAGUCACAUUGAGGAAGCCCUGCAGCAGUUGAUAGCCAUGGGAUUCCACAAUGAAGGCGGAUGGCUCCUCCGUCUAUUAGAAGAAAAGGAUGGCCGUAUAGACGACGUAUUGGAAGACAUUCUUUCUGACGAACAUAUUUCGAAAACAAGACGACAGAUUCGGUAUGGAUCAGGACUGAAGUGUACCGGUUGUUCUGACCACCUGUCUGAAGAGGAAGUUUGGUACAGAUGUCCUCUACGUUCUGGUGUCAAUCUCUGCCAACAUUGUAUGGAACGAGGGGUCCAUAGUAUAAGCAGGUGUUUGGGGGAAAAUGAGAGUAUUCCUUUUCAAAAAGUUUUUCAAAAUCUGGAAAAACACUUUGAUGAAGAUGGCGACAGAGUAAGAAAAGAAAGGGAUGGGGCUCACAGUUUUGAAGAAGAUUUCCUGAAAUCAAUGAACUUUGUUUGGAGGAACUUUCCAAAAAUAUUUCCAGGAAUGUUUGCUUCAACACCAACCGACCAAAGAUCAAAAUCAAGAGAAACCCAUAGAUCGUGUUCGAAACAAAAAUGUGACGACCCAAAAGAAUUUAAAUCGGAAACAAAUAGAAAUUCUGACAUAGAUGUUGAUGGUCCUGCAGCAGGGACAGACUCGUCCAAAAAUGACGGACAAUGGACUUUUGUAGAGGGUGACACUCCUCAAAGUGAGGCCAAACAGGAACCGGAAGCAAGUGCUUGCCACGCCCACAAACCGCUGAAGGCGGAACAUUCCCUGGGUUUUAAAAUGAUGGAUCCACCAAGUGAUCCAAAGAUUGCCGAUUCUCUAACGGAAAUGAUGUCAAUGGGUUUCCACAAUGAUGGCGGAUGGUUACAGUGUCUACUGGAAGAAAAAGAUGGCGACAUCGAGACGGUGCUGGAUAUCAUACAGAAAAGUGCCAAGGAAAAUAAAUAAAUGGAUUAUCUAUUUCUGUUUGAUUAACUUUGUAUGAUUAUGUUAAAAUAUUAAGGACUUUGUAUUUAGAGAAUUACACUAUUAU